AGGAAGAUAAGCUAGAAAGAGAAAAAUGAGUCGAAUGGACACAAAUUGUGUUGGAGUCCAGAUCCACAAGGUUCCCCUUUCCCUCCAUCUCAUCAGGCUUGUAUCACUCUGUCUUUGACCAUAAAGAUGCUAAGCCACAACAAAUUGAGAAAAGGCAUAUAUCUAGUACUCAACGUUAAACUUCGCAGCUUGUAAAGAAGUAGUUUUUAGAGGUUGUUUGGUGUCCUCGUGCUGGAAACGCGCGGUCGCCAUGAAUAUGUUUUGGCUUCUGGGAGUGAUUUUCUGCUAUGGGCUUUUCAUUGGCACUGGUACCGGUGUCCGUGUUUCUACAAGUCCAAAUGUUGUUAACAUUGGCGCAAUUUUGUCUUUCAAUUCUUCCAUUGGGAAAGUUGCAAAAGUUGCAAUAGAAGCUGCAGUCGAAGAUGUGAAUUCAAAUCCAGCAGUUCUAAAAGGAACUAAACUGAAACUUGCCACGCAGGAUACAAAACAAUCUAGCGGGUUUCUGGGAAUCAUCGAAGCUUUGCGCUUUAUGGAGAAUGAUACAGUGGCCAUAGUUGGUCCCCAACAAUCAGUUAUGGCCCAUAUAAUUUCACAUAUUGCGAAUGAGCUCCAAGUCCCUCUAUUAUCCUUCGCAGCAACAGACCCCACCUUGAAUUCACUUCAGUUCCCUUACUUUGUUAGAACAACGCAAAGUGACAUAUUUCAGAUGGCUGCUGUAGCAGAAAUCAUAAGCUAUUACGAAUGGCGAGAUGUAAUAGCUAUCUAUAUUGAUGAUGAUCAUGGGAGAAAUGGAGUAGCAGCAUUAGGUGACAAGCUCGCCGAGAAACGUUGUAAAAUCUCAUACAGAGCACCUUUAAGCCCCAAAGUAGGUCGGAAUGAAAUCUCUGAUACACUGCUUAAGGUGGCGUUGAUGGAGUCGCGGGUUAUUAUCCUCCACAUUUAUGCUACCUGGGGUCUAGACGUAGUUGAUGUGGCACAAAACAUGGGGAUGAUGGAAAGUGGAUAUGUGUGGAUAGCUACUGAUUGGCUCUCUACUGUACUUGACACAGAAUCUUCCCUCCCUCCAACGGCAAUGGAUGGUAUUCAAGGGGUUCUUACCUUACGUAUGCACACUCCGGAUUCAGAACUGAAAAGGAAAUUUGUUUCGAGAUGGAGCAACUUGACAGGCGGGGUUUUCGGACUAAAUACUUAUGGUCUGUAUGCCUACGACACUGUUUGGCUUCUUGCUCAUGCACUCGACGCAUUUUUAAAUCAAGGGGGGAAUAUUUCAUUUUCAAAUGAUCCGAGAUUAACCGAGUUCCAUGGAGAGAACUUGCAUUUUGAUAGUAUGAGCAUCUUUGAUGGAGGGAACAUGUUGCUUACUAGCAUUCUAAAGGUGAAUAUAAGUGGUGUAAGUGGCCCAAUCAAGUUCACUUCAGAUGGGAAUCUCAUUGGUACUGCAUAUGAAGUCAUCAAUGUCAUUGGCACUACUGGGAUGAGGAGAAUUGGUUAUUGGUCCAAUUCUUCCGGCUUGUCAACUGUGCCUCCGGAAGAGCUCAACGCAAAAUUAAAUCAUUCCCGUUCAAAUCAUCUAUAUGGGGUCAUCUGGCCGGGACAAACAACUGUAAAGCCUCGUGGGUGGGUAUUCUCAAGCAACGGAAAGCAAUUGCGGGUUGGAGUCCCAGUCCGAAUUAGUUUUCGUGAAUUUGCUACUCGAGUAGAGGGCUCCGAUGUUUUUCAUGGUUAUUGCAUUGAUGUAUUUAAUGCUGCACUUGCAUUAUUACCAUAUGCGGUCCCGUAUAAGUUCAUUCCAUUUGGAGAUGGACAUAGAGUUGUCGUAUACGAUAAUCUUCUACAGAUGAUCACAACGAAUGAAUUUGAUGCUGUGGUUGGUGACAUUACAAUUACCACCAAUCGGACAAAGAUUGUGGAUUUCACGCAGCCAUAUAUUGAGUCUGGGCUUGUCGUAGUGGCCCCAGUUCAAAAGCUCAACUCUAGUGCUUGGGCGUUUUUGAGACCAUUUACUCCAAUGAUGUGGUUUGUCACUGGUUUAUUUUUUCUUGCUGUGGGAGUAGUUGUUUGGAUUUUGGAGCGCAGAACAAAUGAUGAUUUUCAGGGCCCCCCUAGAAAACAGGUUGCCACCAUCGUUUGGUUUAGCUUUUCAACUUUGUUCACUGCUCAUAGAGAAAAGAUUGACAGCGCUCUCGGUCGCUUAGUGCUUCUAAUAUGGCUUUUUGUAGUUCUAAUACUCAACUCCAGUUACAUUGCAAGUCUGACCUCAAUCCUCACGGUCGAACAACUUUCUUACUCUGUCAAAGGGAUUGAAAGUUUAAUCAUAAGCGACGAUCCCAUUGGUUACCAACGUGGUUCGUUUACUGAAAACUAUUUAAUGGAGGAGCUCAACAUACAGAAGUCCAGGCUUGUUCCUCUUGACUCGGCAGAAGAGUUUGAGAAAGCCUUGAACGAUGGCCCCAACAAGGGUGGUGUUGCUGCAGUGGUUGACAAGCGAGCAUACAUGGAGCUCUUCCUCUCCAGUAGAUGUGAAUUCGGUAUAGUUGGUCAAGAGUUCACCAAAAUGGGAUGGGGUUUUGCUUUUCCACGGGAGUCACUCCUCGCACUUGACAUGUCAACUGCCAUCUUAAAGCUAUCAGAGAAUGGAGAAUUACAAAAGAUUCAUGACAAGUGGCUUUCAAGACAAGCUUGCAGCUCAGAAGGUGCAAAGCAAGAAGUAGACCGCCUUCCGCUUAAAAGUUUUUGGGGGCUCUUUUUACUGUGUGGCGUAGCUUGCUUUGUUGCUCUCCUUUUGUAUGUUGUGAAGAUGGUUCACCAAUACAUGAGGCAUUCUGGCCGGAGCUCGCAAUCAUUUCUCUCUUUUGUUAAAGAAAAAGAAAACCAUGUUCAUAAAAUGGAAGAGCCAGAAAAUAGCAGAGACAAUAGAAAGCGAAGAAAGAAGGUAACUAAUCAUUGGAUUAAUCAUUGUUAAAUAAACAAAUAGCAAUAAGGAUCCAAUAAUAAAUUUAGAGUGCUACGUCAAUAUUAUUAGACAAUUGCAUCUAGCAUUACUCUUCUCUUAAUUGUAAUAAUAUUUGUAACAAAUGUAGAAAUGUGAUGUAGACCGAAGCAUAUAUAUUUAGGAAAGGUCGACUAGUUGAUAUGUUUCGAUCUGGUCUCUCCUUCGAGGCAAUUACUUGGCCCGUUUGAUAAAAAGUUCUGUUGUUUGUUUUGUUUGUUUGAAUAGCCCAAAAAAGAGAUUAAUGUGUAAGAUUUUAGAACUAAAUAUUUCUCUCCAUGAAUAUUAUGGGAUCAAUGUAUUGAUAUUUAUAACAACUACACAACCAUUGAACUUCUACUACAA